AUGAAUUAUCUUUUAGUCACUGAUUAUUUUACUAAAUGACAAUUAACUUAUAAAUACUAAACAAAGAAAUAAUUUAAAUAUUACGUAUACAUACUAUGUUAAAAUGUUUUUAAAAAUUUUGUUUUUUGAGAUUUUACUCUUAAAUGUGAAGAGAUUUUUCGCGGAACCAAAUUCUUGUGCUGAGUUGUUAAACGUAUAUGGCGAUACUUUGGAAAAUUUCCUCAGAUGUUCAAUGCAUAACGCAGUACCAGUGACGUUCUGUUUUAACUGUGCUUCAUAUUACCAGAAUUUGACGGAAAAUUUUGAUGCAUUAAUGAAAGCUGAAUUUAAAGAGGCUAAUAAAACUGUAAAAUGUCGAGAAAAAUAUAUCGACCAAGAUCGUUUAAAUGUGAUUUUAGAUAAUCAUAAUCACUUUGAAAACUUAUGGAACAAAGCUGCUUGUUUUGGAUGCUUUUUAGAUAAUACUACAACUAACUCAAAUGAAACCAAAAUUAUGUUUAAGAAAUUAGAUGAUUUGAAAAAUUGUAUUAGUAGUCACUGGGAUUCAAAUGUAUGCGAAAAUUGUGCGGCAGAUUAUGAUAAAGCAAACUUUUAUUAUAAUGAAGAAUUUGUGAAAAAACAUAAAGAUCACAUAUGCUUUGAUAUUCGGGACGAUAUGAAUCGAACACGAUCCCUCUGGUCGAAGACAUUAAAGUGUUGUAAAAGAGAAGCAGAUUUUACAACUUUUGCUGUGAUAGCUAGUGUUUUUACAUGCCUUCCCUUAAUAUUUUACAUAUUUUCUUAUUUUUUCACAAAAUAUUUUGAGAAUUUGUCAUUGCAAUCACAAACUGGGCACAGAUUUUAAAAAUAUCAGAAGAGUAUUGAAAGAGAUGGUCGUAAUUAAAAUAUGCAUACGAAGCAUGUAGCUACUAAAAAAUUUACAAAAAUUUUUGAGAUGUUUUCAAAUGCCCUGGUUAAAACAAAUACGUAAAUGUAUUUUUAUGCAACAAAAAUUUUCCAUCGCUGUAAAAUACUAAUAAAUAAUCAUUAUCACCAUUGUGUGUGUAACAAUGGUCAGUAUUAUAAAAAUUGCAUGGUGAUUCGUGAAAUCCAUUUAUAUUUAAAGCAAUCCAUUUCACAUUUUCUUUUGUAUCCAAUAU